GUGAGCGACCCGAGUGGCUUCAGUACUCAGUGCCAGUGGCAGCCCUACCGUGACCGAACAUCUACUUACCAGCCACGCUACACACAGCACAGGCAUUACAACAUGCCCCCACUAAAGGGAAAGAAUCCCAACCCGAGCGGACUGGGGCGUGCCAUUAUCAACCGCAAGGUAAAGGAUGCACACAGGGUUCGGGAGAGUGGAAUGUACACCACCGACAUCGACUCUACCACUCGGUUGCAGUCGAUCACACAAGAACGGGAUUUGGACGAGUUCCUGAACACAGCGCAGUUGGCCGGCACCCAGUUCACAGCUGAACGUCGGAACGUCAAGAUUCUCAAUUCACCUGUCACAUCGCAACAUAAUCCGUACCUUCUCUCGGAGGAUGAGGAAAGGAGCACACUGCAGAAGCAUCGCGAGAAUCGGCAACGGCUGCGGGUACCUAGGCGCCCGCCAUGGACGAAGGACAUGUCGCCUGCGCAGUUAGACAGACAGGAAAAGGAUGCAUUCCUGGAGUGGAGAAGGGGGCUAGCGGAACUUCAGGAUAGAGACCUAUUUCUGCUCACCCCCUUUGAGCGCAAUAUCGAAGUCUGGCGGCAGCUUUGGCGAGUCCUAGAACGAUCACACCUCGUAGUCCAGAUCGUCGAUGCUCGCAACCCUCUCCGCUUUCGGUGUGAAGAUCUGGAGGCAUAUGUGCAAGACGUCGAAGGAGCUGAGGGUGAAGCUGGAACAGGAAAGAACAAACGCCGCAGCUUACUUCUCAUCAAUAAGGCUGAUCUUCUGACGCCGAAGCAAAGGCGGCUAUGGGCGGACUACUUUGACACGCAAGGCGUGAACUACGCGUUCUUCUCCGCCGCAAACGCUGUCGCGCUUCAGAAAGCUCGCCAGGAGGCGUUGGCAGCUGCAGAAGCUCAGGCACCAGUUGAAAACAGUGGAGAGAACGUAGAAGCUCACGAAAACGGUACCAUCUCCGAAGUGCCUCCGAGCAAUGCAGAUGUCGACGGUGGUAGCGAAAGCUCCGAGUAUACAGACGGAGACGUAUCCGAUGACGAAUCGGUCUCGGAUGCGGACACCAAUAGUCUCUACCGCCUUCCUCCAGAGGAGGACAGCGAGGACGCACGGGACCCGAGAGUGAAGGUUUUGUCAGUGCUGGAGCUCGAGGACUUGUUCGUACGCGCUGCGCCUGAUUUGAGCACGUUCACGGACUCCUCGGGAAAUCACCCAUCGAGAUUGGUCGUCGGUCUCGUGGGUUAUCCAAACGUGGGCAAGUCCAGUACAAUCAACGCUCUACUUGGCGAGAAGAAAGUCAGUGUUUCCUCCACACCGGGCAAGACGAAACACUUCCAAACAAUCAAUCUAUCGCCCACUCUCAUGCUAUGCGACUGUCCGGGUUUGGUAUUCCCUCAAUUCACUACGACAAAAGCCGACCUCGUUUGCGAUGGGGUUCUGCCCAUCGAUCAGAUGAAGGAGCAUACUGGCCCCAUGGCGCUGGUAGUCAAGAGGAUCGCCAAAGAGGUUCUCGAUGCCACGUACGGUCUAGACGUCAAAAGCAGGACCGCCGAAGAAGGCGGCAAUGGUCAGAUCACUCCAGAAGAUUUCCUGGUUGCAUAUGCUAUCGGCAGAGGCUUUAUGCGCUCCGGUCAGGGUAACCCAGACGAGGCACGAGCUGCCAGAUACGUCCUGAAAGACUACGUCAAUGCGAAGCUGCUAUACUGCCACCCGCCGUCCGGCAUCUCCGACGACGAGUUCAAUGGGGAGACACGACAGAUGGCCCUUCAACGUGCGCUGGGAAAGAAACGGGCACCGACGACUCGGGUGGUCAAGGGCGCUGAUACGUUUGUACCCCAGAACGCACCGACGUUGGGUACAAGCACGGCUUCAGCCGUAGGGGUGGGCUCGAGCACGAAGUCUCAGAGUCUCGACCGGGACUUUUUCGCGAGUAGUCCGUCGUCGUCUAUGCGGCCUCGCAUGCAGGGCUCUGCGAGACAUGGCCAGGAGGUGUCUCGUAUGCAGGCAUAUCCGCACCAGAAUGCUCUCGCCGAUGAUGGCACUGCGGUCACUGGUCGAAGGGCGAGGAUCGCAGCGGUCCUUGCGAAUGCCGGUGGCGAGGCCAGCCUGGACGGCAAGAAACAUCACAAGAAACCAAAGAGAGUUAAGCAACGGAGUGGUAGAGGUUAUGAUUAACUUGAUUUGGAUCGUCGUGUAGCGUUCCGGAUUGUUGCAUAUUUCCACUGUAGCCUGACUGUAGCCGUAAUCCUGAUGAAAUGUAUCGCAGCUCGAUAUGCAACGCGCGUAGUGUUCACAAAGCACUAGGAGUCUUCCCGAGUUCGGCUAGGACACAGUAAGUUACCACUCGAAAGUACAUACGAUCAUGUGACUAUCGCCCAGUUUCUCGUUUC